CCCCAGCCCAGCGUCACCGCCUCGGCCAUUAAAAGGGCAGCAGGAGGAUUGUUAAAAAGCCCUGGGGAGAGCCGGGGGCAGAGCAGACACCCGAGAGCGCCUGGGCCCCCCUGCCCCCCUGCCAGGGCCACUUCGGUCCAUAUUUAGCUCCUGACAACUGUGGCCAGUGCAGGAACUCCCAGCUCUGCCUCUCCCUCCUCCCUCUGCUGCCUCCUCUCCCGCAGGGCUCUCAGAAAUUGCUCUUUCUUUUUCCCAGAGGCCAUAACUUAACACCCCUGGAGCCAGGAAGAUGGCAGAGAAGCAGGAGGAGCCCAGCAACACCCAGAACGGGGAACCUGACACCGCCGAGGAGGGCGAGGAGAAAAAGAAGAAGGUGAAGAGGGAAGAUCUGCCCCCGUUCGAGAUCGUGGCAGGGGAGCGCCUCCCUGCCAUCUUCUUCAAGUUCCAGUUCCGGAACGUGGAGUACAGCUCGGGCAGGAACAAAACCUUCCUGUGCUACGUGCUGGAGACGCAGGGCAAGAAGGCGGUGACCUCCCGCGGCUACCUGGAGGACGAACACGCCGCCGCGCACGCCGAGAUGGAUUUCUUCAGCAGCAUCCUGCCGCGCUGCGAGCCCCAGCCUGCGCUACAGCCUCACCUGGUCGUGUCCUCCAGCCCCUGCGGAGCCUGCGCCGAGCGCAUCGCCGACACCCUGCGCCGCACACCCAACCUGCGCAUGGCCGUGCUGGUCGGGCGCCUCUUUUGUGGGAGCAGCCCCGAGGUGCAGGCGGCGCUCCGGAAGAUGAAGGCUGCCGGCUGCAAGCUGCGCAUCAUGAAGCCUCAAGACUUUGAGUAUGUCUGGCAGAAACUUUGUGAGCAGGAGGAGGGGGAGGAGGCCAAAGCCUUCGUGCCCUGGGAGGACAUC